CGUCACCAAUUCACGAGCCCACCCGUGUUAGCAGUGUUCGUUCGUAUUCUCUUUCAGUGUGGAAGCUGUUCUGGCACAUCAGCCAUAAGAAGAACUCGCCGAACCAUGGACUCUGGAACCGACACUAGACCCAAGAAGGACCCUUCUAGGAGGUCAAGUCAUUUCGUUCGUACCGCUUCUAGUGAAACUGUUGGCGGGACAUCGUCACCUCCCCAUGAGGUAUAUUCCAGGAGGUCAAGCAAAGCAAGUCGAGUCACGCGUGCUGCUCCAUCUGAAAUGACUGACGAGCCGCCUUCAGUUAAAUCCCGGAGAAGCAGCAGGUUAUCUCGUCGUCCUAGCUCACCGGGCGAAACCAUGCGUAGUGGAGCCACCAGAACGGGCCACCGCAGCUCACUCUGGGAACGCAAUUCCGACUCUCUUGAAGAUGCUUUAGAGCGGGUGUCAGCUGCUCAAGCUGCUUUCGAAGACUCCAGCCGUGUGCGAACCAUUUCUCAACCUAGAGGCAGCACAACCAAGUUACAGAAUCUUGGGCCCCUUCCGCGUAGCGGCGCCGGGACGUCGACCCCGCUUGCAGGCAAAAUCCUGAUCGUCGUCCUCCUUCUAAUAAUCUCCCUCUUGGCACUCCUCUACCACUUGCUUCUAUCAUCCGACUCCAAUAGGGUAACGGUCGAAGCAAAGUGGAGUACCUACCGGGGCACCCAAGGAAACUUCGAUGGGCGGCCGGUGUUCACAUUCAUGGGUAUCCCGUUCGGCGCGGACAUGUCGGGCCAACGACGAUUCCGAAAGCCUCAAGCGGUGCAGGCUCCCGAAGUUCUCCAGCACGACGCCACAAGGGCUAAGCCCUCGUGUAACCAGGCACCUCUCGUGCUCAAUGUUGGCCAGAAGGAGGAAACACAGUCGUCUGCUGAAACAUCCGAAGAGUGCCUGUACCUCAACGUAUGGACACCGUCGCUUCCUUCUCGUGGCUCCAAUCCCAAGACCGUGCUUGUGUUCCUCUACAGCAUUGCUUUCAAGUGGGGCUCCAACAACGAUUACAAUGCCACGCCACUCAGCGCGCUGGGAGACAUCGUCGUCGUCGUGCCCAACUACAGACUUCAUGCAUUGGGAUUUCUGGGAGAUGGCACAGAGGACAAUCCGGGCAACUUGGCGCUGUACGACCAGCUGCUGGCGCUGGACUGGGUCCGAGAGAAUAUAGAGGCUUUUGGAGGCAACAUAUCGUCCAUUGUUCUACAUGGCUACGAGUCCGGUGCUGUGUCAAUCGGGUACCAUAUGGUGUCUCCCCAUCAGCACUGGGUGAAGAACACUUCAAGGCUAAUACUGCAGAGUGGAUCGCCUUUCCAGCUGUACAGGAAUAACACGUCCAUGUCAUACCUGGUCGGCAUUCUCGGAUGCCCAAGUACUGGAUGGGCGUGCCUAAGGAACAUGAAUACAGAGGAGUAUAGGACGCCCAGCUUCUACCGGGCUUUUCACUUCGGUCCUUAUUUCCACUCGAAGUACCUGCCAGAGCACCCUCAUCGGUUGCUGAGAACAACCCCCAUAGCAAACAAGCAGGUUUUACUUGGCAAUGUCUUGGACGAAGCCAGUUUCCUGACUCAUGUUCUCAUGUUGCGACUGCGACAAGGUGUAAACAUAAUCGCCGAACCAAUGAUUACUUUGAUCGUGAGGGAGGAACUGCUGGCAGCAGGUGUGGAGAAGUUUGAUUCUGCUCGACAGGAGUAUGCCAAUGACACCAUCUGGAACAGUAACUCGGGCGGCGACGCCGCCAAGGAGCUUUUCGGCGACGCCUUCUUCAACUGCCCAGUACAGUACCUGGCCGCACACUUAGCCGAACACGGAAGUUUUGCCUACAAGUACGUGUGGACGCACAAGCCUUCCUUUGGGCCCUGGGCGCUGGAAGGGUUCGGUCCCACCCAGUACGAUGACCUGGCCUUCGUGUUUGGCACUCCACUUCUGGAAGGCUCUGGGGCCACAAUACAAGAACACGAAUUGACUCGCCGCACAAUAGACCUUUUCAGCAACUUUGCAAAGACGGGAGAGUUGCCGAUGGUACAAGGAAAGCCCUGGCCGAAGUACACAAUGUCGGAUCCGUCAACUGUCGAAAUUGGAGCCAAAGAACUGGUCUUGAACGACUCCUACCGUGUCCAGCACUGCCCUUAUCUCAAGGGGUACAUUAUGAAAUAUUCGUGAAACGAUUCGAUUCACUCGUGUCCCUAUUCUAAAAAAAAGUCAUGCACGAAAAAAGAU